GACCACUGCUUCCAUGGCCCAUGCCAGGUGAAUGAGGCUAGGGUUGCAUUUGAAAAAGUAACCUUUCCAAACUCUGUCCCAUGCCAAGAGGUACCUCUUUCCAGUCGAGUCUUCCUUCUCUUUGCAGAUGGUCUUCUUCACGAACAAUGUGCUGUACAAACCAGGCUCUCAGUCUGAACGGAUCAGCCUGAUUCAAGACCCUCCCACGUUGGGAGAUGCAUCCAUUCUACUGAAGAAUAUCCGGGCAUCGGAUGCAGGCACCUAUAUCUGUGACGUGAACAAUCCUCCAGACUUUUAUGGAACUAGCUCUGGUCUUAUCCAACUCACAGUUUUAAUGCCUCCCUCUGCUCCAGUUUGCCAAGGGACCACCUCAGCUUCCGUGGGUUCGGACGUAAAGCUGACUUGCAACUCUUCCGAAGGUGUCCCUGCCCCUGUUUACUCCUGGACUCUCCUGGAUUCCAAGGUUGCUGUACCAGUUUCCAACAUGGUACAAAGUAGGUGGAUUGAUGCUUUGUUUGGACUCACAAUUAAUAUAAAAAAUCAUGCCAAUCUAUUUUUAAAAACCUGUUCCGUUGGUGCCAUUUUUCUCCUUGCCAAUUGUUUUGGAGGCUGGCUUUCCCCAGCUAAUGAUGACCGAACAGGGUCUCUAAUCCUGAGAAAUGUUUCGCUUGCGUUCGCUGGGACAUAUCAGUGUGUAUCCUCCAAUGAAUUAGGGCAACACAACUGCCAGAUAACCCUUCAUGUGACAGGAACUUAA